AUGCGACGACGCGCGCGAGGCGUGAGUGAGGACGAUGAUGAUCAUGUUGCGCGUGAUUUAGAACUAUUUGCGAAACGCGCCCGAAUUGAUACCCCUUUGUCGUCAGACGACGAGUCCACGGCCGUGGCAACCGAAAUGCCGCUACUGUCUAGGGUGCUUAGUGACGCCUCUGAAUCGGAGGAGCCGUCAGUUCCACCAAGUGCUAUACAUCAACAAACUGACUCCGAGUCCACCUUGAUGCGCGGUGAGCAGUCAGAUACACAAGGGCUAGCACAUGUCGCGCCAACGCCGGCGCAGGCCGAAGCUUCUGCUGCUACUAUGGGCGUGAUUGAACGCGUGGAUAUGAUCAACUUUAUGUGUCAUCGAAAUCUAAGCAUUGGUCUAGGUCCGCGCAUCAACUUCAUCAUUGGACAUAAUGGGAGUGGCAAGAGCGCCAUCCUGACGGCUAUUACGAUCGCGCUGGGUGGCAAGGCAACCACAACGAGUCGGGGCAGCAGUCUAAAAGACUUUAUCCGCGAAGGAUCUAGCGCUGCUGAGGUGCGAGUCCGAAUGCGGAACCAAGGGUCUGAUGCGUACCGCCCUGAUGUGUACGGCCACGCGAUCACGAUCGAGCGCCGAAUUCACACGGACGGGGCUGGCACUUGGAAGAUCAAGAACGCCGAUGGAAAGAUUGUCUCGACAAAGCGCGAGGAACUCGAUGCUAUAUGUGACUAUGCGAACAUUCAGGUUGAUAAUCCAAUGAACAUUCUCAGUCAAGACGCCGCGCGCCAGUUCCUUGGCAGCUCACAACCAGAGGACAAAUACAGCUUUUUUCUGCGGGGCACUCAGCUCACGCAACUUGCCCAGGAGUAUGAGCUCAUUCAGACGAAUGUACAGCGCAUGAAACGAGCCAUUCGAAUGACGGAGGACGUCCUACCUGAUCUAGAGCGAGAGGCUCGCGAAGCCAAUGACAAAUGGCAUCAGAUUGAGCAGGCGCGAGUUGAGCAGGAGAAACUCGACGCUCUGAAAGAAGAACUAGUAUGGAGCCAGGUGAUUGCCAAGGAGAAAGAGCGUGCGGCGCUAGAGUCCAAGCUGGACCAUGCACACCGCAAGCACGCGGCAUUGGAGAAGAGGCGUGAAGAUGAUAGUUUGCGCGCGAAAGAACUAAACGAUGUCGUCGCUGAGCUCGAGACGCGAAGUCGCGAGAGUCAGGAAAAAGAAGUUCAGCUGAAGGAGCAGCGUGCACAGGUUCUGCAAGUCGUCAAGGAGCAUCGCGCCUCUCUUGCGCGUCUCAAGGAGCAGGAGCGUGAGCUAAGUCACCAGGCCGAUCGUGUUGAGCAGACGAUCCGGCAGAUGCAAGCUCAGAUCGAUGCAGAAGCACGGCGUCAAGCGCAAGAUCGCCGCGCUAUACGAGAAGCACAGGAGGCUGAGCGGGACGAGCUUGUGCGAGAGCGACUCAAUGUCGAGCGGCGCCAAGUAAGUCUUGGGCAGGCAGGUGAUGAAGUGAACGUUCGCCGCUCGGAGUGCCGUGCUGAACGAGCACGCCUUACAUCGGACACACAUGUAUUGGAGGAGAAGAUCUCGCAUCUGCAGAGCUUUCUCGAACGGUGCACAGAGGCAGCAUCGAACCGAAUCACUGCUUUUGGAGGGCACGACAUGCCGCGGAUCAUGGCGGCAAUUCGCCGUGAGACUCGAUGGCAUGAGCGUCCGAUAGGGCCGCUCGGCAUGCACAUCCGACUUCGUGAGCGGCGCUGGGCCCCAGUCAUCGAGAGCGUGCUUUCCGAUCCGCUCAAUGCCUUUGUUGUGACGAAUCACGAUGAUCGAGUGCGACUCGCACGCAUCCUCAAAGAGUUCCGUGCCUCGAAUCAAAUCAUUACAGCAGCCCGCGACUUGUACGACUAUUCUGCUGGAGAACCAGACGCGUCCGUCGUGACAAUGCUGCGUGUCCUCGACACAGACGAGUACAUUGUGCGGGUACUGAUCGAUGGCCACCGCAUCGAAAAGAGCGCACUUGUUUCGGAGCGUGUGCAGGGCGAUGAGCUCAUGCGACGGCAUCUUCCCAACGUACUCCAAUGCUACUCCGCGGACCUCUUCAAAAUCACCGGUGGUGCUAAGAGCAGUGUAACGCAAACAAUUACGCGGUACACGGGCGUGCCGCGCUUCGCUGCGGACCAUGCCGUUGAGAUGGACGAUGCACGCCGCUCCAUCGCAUCGUAUGAGGAGAAACUUGGCCAUGUCAAAACAGCACUCGAGGCCGUCGCGGCCCGUGAGGCUGCAUACGACCAAGAGCAGCAAAGGAAUCAACAAGCUGUUGAAGCCGCUCGGCACGAGAUGCGCGCUUUGCGGCAACGGAUCGCGCAUGUGGAAGAGCUCAUGCGAGAAGAGGAGCCGGCGAAUGUGGCUGCUCUCGAAGAGGCGCGUGUCGAAGCGGACGAGGAAAUGGCUCGGAUCGUCGACAGGUUCAAACAAACUGAGAGCGAGAAAGAAGAGGCUGAGGAAAGCCUCGCACCGCACCUGGCCAAAUGUGAGCAGCUGCUCGACCAAAUUGAGCUUGUCGAGGCACACAGAAGGGACGCUGAAUUGCAGCUCCAGCAAUCGUAUACGGAGCGCGUGCGCCUGCAAAAGACACAAGAGCAUUGGUCUCGACAAAUGGACGCUCAGAACACUCUGGUACAAGAAACCAGUCGCGAGCAUGCCUCGCUCUGUGAGCUCAUUGCCUCGUGGACACAAAUGGCCACCGACUAUUGUGCGCGUGUCGAGACACAGCGGACGCCAGCAUCGCUGGAGGAACAAAUCAAUGCGAUCGAGGCUCACUUGCAACAAGACGAGGCCCGCACUGGUCUCUCUGUCGAUGCAGUAGUCAGGGAGCUGCGCGCGAAGAAUAAGGCGUACCAGGAAGCGAAACUGCAACUCGAGCAGACACACGCAACGAUCCAAUUGCUGGAAGAGUCGGUCCAGUUGCGGCUUGAGAAGUGGCACUAUUUUCGCCGGUUCGUCGCAAUCCGUGCGCGAGCCAACUUUUCCCUGCACCUGCAGAACCGCGGGUUCUCUGGAUCACUGCAUUUCGAUCAUAAUGCACAGACACUCAGGCUUCGGGUCCAAACAGGUGAUGGAACACACGCACACGACAAAGACCCCAAGGCACUGUCUGGUGGGGAAAAGUCCUUUGCGACAAUUUGCCUUCUGCUCUCGCUAUGGGAGGCGAUAGGCUGCCCGAUCCGGUGCCUGGAUGAGUUCGAUGUUUUUAUGGAUGCGGUCAAUCGACAAGUCUCGAUGCGAAUGAUGAUUGACGCUGCACGUGCUUCUUUGGGUGUACAUGACGUUCAAAUCCACCGGAUGCAGGACCCCGAGCGACGCGCAUAG